AAAAUUAUGCCUUUAAUUAGAAAGAAAACUUUUCAUCUGAUUUAAUUUUUUUUAUAAGUGGUUUGAUUUAUUAAAAACAUUUGAAAACUGUUUUCGGACACAUAUUCUUUCGACUUUGCGUAACUACAACAUUUAUAAUUUAGGAAAAAAUCCGGAAAUCGAUUACCAGCCAAUAGAAAGGCGCAGACACCGCUAGAUUACAACUACAGUACUACUGUAUACCUCUUCCCGUCUAAGGCAGUAAGAAAUUUUGUCUCUUAACAGGCAUCAGGUAUUUAUUAAUUGUGUUAAGAUCUUAACGAACGAAAAUGCCAGAUAAAUGGGUAUAUGUCACUCGAAACAUCCCACAGCCAGGGCUUGCGAAAUUAGCUGAACAAUUUAAUAUAGAGACAUAUCAAAGUGAUGAAGCGAUUCCUCACGAUGUAUUAGUUUCAGCCAUGAAGGGAAAACGUUACGAUGCUCUACUAUGCAUGCUGACAGAUCAAAUAGACGAAGAAGUUUUGGAUGCCGCAGGUGAGUGUGUUUUAUAUUGUUUAAUUUUUUUUAAAAUAAUUUUAUUUUAUUUAUUUUGACAAAAAAACCCCACUUGGUUAUGCACCAGUGCAUCGCACAGCGAAAGUGGCCUUGAACUUGACUGAACUUAAUUAUACCGACCGCACUGAUAUUAUUGACUUUUCUACUUUGAAAUUUUUAAUAAUGAUAUGCUUUUAGUGUUACUGUCACAGGCAUACCUAUUUUAUAUUAUGAAUAAUUUAACACUAGUAUUUUAAUGAGUAGCGGAAAAGAGGUUGUUAGUUGUAUUCACCUUGUUGAAGGUCUAGGUCAUUACAAAAACAGACAAUGCUCGAGUCGGGCACAUAGCCGGUGUCAACUGUCAAUCCUAGUUAAAAUUUAAGUAUCAAUAGUUUCAUAGACGGGUUGCCCAUAUUCAUCGAAGACGGUUACUAUAAAAAAAUAUGGUGGAACAGAAGAUACUUCCAUUAUUUACAGCAGAUCUUUGGUAAGGACACAUUAAUUAAACUUGUCUGGGUUUUGUCCUGACAUGGGUGCGCGAAGGCCAAGGCCAAAGGUCAUCAAGUUCAAAUCGGUUUAUGCCUUCACUUUCCACCAUGACCAUAGUUUAGUCAGUUUCAUGUGUUAUAUAUAUAUUAUAAAUUGUUAAAUAAAUUCUUGUAAAAAUCAAUCUAUAUUAGUGUUGUGGUGAUAUGUUGUAAUCAAUUAAAAUUUUAUGAAGACAUUGAAAAUUGUUGACUGAUGAUAGUUGAUACUUUUGGCCAUGGCCGGGCCAUGCCAUAGCAUAUAUUUGAGAUAAUAUAUUAAUUUAUAAAUAAAAUGUUAUAUAAAAUAAUAUAUUAUAAUAAUAUAUGACUAAUACUAGCUAGUGUAUGAAUGACUUUGACUAGUUAUUAUGAGUACUUUGAUGGAUGGGAAUGGGAUAUGCCUGUGCCCUAGCCCUUUUACUUUUCUAGCCUAGAUCUAACCCUAAAAUGACUUCUACAGACCAUGAAGCCUAUGUAUGUCAAGACCAUGUGUAUGGGACCCAGUUUGGGGGGGGGGGUUGUUAAAAAAAAGAGUGACAACAUUGCUCUGAUGUCAAACAGUAACAGGCAACAGCAGUGCCCUUGUCAGUGAACUAUGCUGUCAGUGAAAUCAUGUCAAUUAUCACUUCUCAAUACAGACAAAUUCUUAGUCAUGACACUCAUGUAUGAAACAUUUUUAUAUUUAAUUCCCUUUAGUCCUAACUGCCUAAGCUAAAACAUUAACAACAUUCUUUAACAUAUUAAACUCUAAAGGCUUACGAUGUUUCAGUUGUCUUAAUCUAGUUGCAGUUCUGUUCUGUAGUCAAUUCUCAACAUUAAGACCAUGAUGAUUAUGUUAAAAAAUUAUUUUUUUAAAAUGUAUAUUAUUGUAUAUAUAUAAAAUUAAAAUAUAAUUAGUUUAUUUAUUUGCUCCAUCCAUGUUCUGAUAUGUUUGGCCUUGUAUUUAAAAUGUUGUUUGUUUUAUUUUUCUUUGAUUAGGGCCACAGCUCAAAAUUGUUGCAACUAUGUCAGUUGGCUACGAACACAUUAACCUUCAAGAAUGUGGGAAAAGAAAUAUUUUAGUAAGUUCCAUGGAAACCCUCUCUUCUUAUCCCGGAGCCAUUAAAAAAAUUGUUUGUGUCUUUUUGAUGUGGUUCAAUAAAAUAUUUGACAAAUUAUGUAUUUUAGCAUUAAUAAUAGAAUGUAUUGUACUAAAGUAUAGUCAAAUGUGAUAAGGGGGCCAUCCAUAAAUGAUGUUACAUGUCAGGUGGGGGGGGGGGGAUCACAUUUAUGUGAUGAUGUGUGGUGAGGUGGAAGGGAUUUGAGCAAAGGGACUUCACAUAAAGAAGUGGAGCAUUAUUGAAAGAAAAUUGCACUGAAUAACACUAAAUUACUAACAUAACAUUAUUCUUUUAUACAACAGUUAUAAUUAUUUUAUUUAAAAACUACGAUCUCUGAAAGAAUAAGUACAGGUAUGCGAAGUCUGAAAAUGGCUGUGAUCAAGUUACAGGACCGCGUGUAGGAGGAGAAUUGGGGUGUUGUGACAUCGGCAUUCAAGAUAAUUUAUAUCAAACAUAUGGAGCCGGGAGUAAUAAAACAUAGAAUUAGGACAACCACAUGAAAUGGAAUAGAAUGAAAAAUAGUUGGGGUGGGGAUGAUCUUAGUAAAUGUUUUUGGGCAGGAAUGAUUCCACUUAAAUCUGUAAAAUUUGCAUUUGUGGAUGGCCUCUAAAAUCAAACGUCGUCAGAUUUAAAUGCAUAAAUAACCAAGAUAUGGUCAUUUAGAUUAAUCAAUGCUGAAAAGGUGAAUGUACCCUAUAUCCAAGACUUGUAUUGCUAUGGGUAUAAAUAUAAUAAAGCAUGCACAAUAAAAUGACAGAGUUGCUUAUCUUAAUUCUUAUCAUGUGUACUUUGAUGGAGAACUAUAUCGAUUUAUCUACUUGUAGAUGUCAGGGUAGACAUGAAGUCAUUCUUCCCAUUGAAAUUGUUUGAGAUGGACAUUCUAAUUUAAUACACUGUAGUUUAUGUGCAAAUUCUUGUAAAUAUAAUGUAGAUUUUUCUUUUUUUACUCCACCAUUCAUAGAGCAAAUUUAAUUAUGUGGCUGCUUUCCUCCCAGGUUGCAAACACACCAGGUGUUUCGACAGACAGCGUCGCUGAACUCACAGCCACUCUUCUGUUAAUGACAGCACGCAGAGUUACAGAAGGUAGAGUUUAUUUUUUUUUUUAAUGGGUGGGGUUCAGCGGUCAGAUGUUGUUUGGGUGUAUUCGCCCUAGGAGUUUCAAUCAAAUAAGUGAAAAGCUUUUAUCGAUUCCACCAUGUUCUUCACUGACAGGUGUUGAGGCGGUCAAAAAAGGAGAAUGGGGACCAUGGAAGCCGAUGUGGCUGUGUGGUACUGAGCUCACCGGAAGAGUCUUGGGUAUCUAUGGUCUUGGAAGGAUUGGUUUCAAUGUUGGGCGCAGGCUUAAACCAUUCGGCUUCUCUAAAAUAUACUACACUGAUGUGCAUGAGGUAAGUUCCAUACACAAAGUCUUUAACAUAUCUACUUCUUAACAAUAUAUGACACUGGUGUGCAUGAGGCAAUUUUGUUACAUAGCUUAGACUUGAGUCUUUUAAAAUAUACAACACUGGUAUAAUGAGGUAACUUUGUUACAUAACAUGGUCUACAACAUUUAUGCUUCUAUAAAAUAUACUACACUUGUGUGCAUGAGAUACGACUAUGUUGACUAUUUUAAAAUAUACAACACUGGUCUGCAUGAGGGACUGAGUAUUGACACAUUCACUUUUCAUGUAUUUGUUGGGUCUACUGUAACUGUUUGGGCUAGAAGCAUCAGUCAAGCCAAACAAGAAAAAAAUAUCUAUAUGCGAAAUAAUAGAAAAGAAAGUUAUUUUAUAUCUCUUUGUUUCUUUCAGGUUAGCUACGCCAAAGAUAUUGAUGCUGAGUUUGUGGACUUUGAUGGUCUCAUUGAGAAAUGUGAUUUCAUCUGUGUCUGCUGCAAUCUUACACCACAGGUUUGUUCAGUUCUCACGUCUUAUUGUUUUGUGUGGGUGUGUGUGUUGAACGUUUGGUCUGCAAGCUCUUGUGUGGACCAUUAUCUCUACCUUUUUUUGCUUGUCGCCCCACUGACCUAUUAAUUAAUAUAAAAAACUACUCAUACUUAGUCCUUUUUUUUUCAAGUUUUUGUGGCUACAAGAAAACAUAGAUUGGCCAUCUUGAAAAUGCUGCUGUAAAAUUUAGGAAUGUAACAUGUGGAGACUAUAGCUAUCUGUACUUAAAGCUUCAUACUCAGACUAGAGAUGACUUUGGUCCUAAUGACUGGUUAAAAUGACCUUGGUUCUGCUCUAGAGAUGACCUGGUCCCAGUGACACUGACUAGAGAUGAUCUUGUCCCUUAUGAAGCUCUGUUGGGGGUGCGGGGAGACGACAUUUCUUUUGUGCAGGUGUCGGCAACCGUCUUUGAGUGAAGACCCUUUUUAUAAAUUAUAUCUGAAGCUCUUUUUGGGAGAUGUAAAAAGAGCAGCAUCUAUCCUAUCCAUCUCACCUAUCCCAUCUCUCUAUCCCAACCAAGAAUGGCAUGCCGUUCCAGAGCUGUUGCUUGUCAACCGCUACUCUUGAGGCAUGUUAUUGUACCUAAGUAAGGAUCACAUUGCACGAGGAACAUGUGUCAAUCCAUCAUUAAUGUGUCUAUCUACCGGUAAAUUAAAUAACGGCACUCAUUAACAUGAACAGUAAGAUAGCUCAAUAUGAUUGCUCUGGAUUUGUUAAAUGCAGAUAAUGACCUGUUUCUGGUCAUCAUGAAACAAGUUUAAAAAUAUUUCUUCUUUAUAAACUUCUCGUUUGUUUAGAAUUUAAAGUUGUUUUUAACUAACUUUCUUUGAUUUUGGUGAGCUAAAUACAGAUACCAACUUAGGUUUAUGAACCAUUUUAAGCUUUUAAAAUUUGAAAAAUGUUAGGAAUGUAAACAUUUAAUUUUUUUAAUAAAUAUAUGUCAUCAAUGGGUGGGGAAUUUGGCUGUUGUAAAGCUAUAGAAAUUUGAGUAACAUGUUUGGAUCCUAAAAACAUUUUUAAUGCGUUUCUCGUCACAGACAAGGCAUAUGUUUAAUAAUGCUUAGUGUUUUGUGUGUUUCUCCUCACAGACAAGGCAUAUGUUUAAUGCUGAAGUGUUCAAGAGGAUGAAGAAGGGUGCAAUCCUCAUCAACACAGGAAGAGGUGGUGUGAUUGACCACGAGGCUUUAACAGAGGCGCUCAGGAACGGGGACAUCACAGGUGCGGGCUUGGACGUGACCGAGCCCGAGCCGCUUCCCCCAACUCACCCUUUGGUCUCCUUGCCCAACUGCGUUAUACUGCCCCACAUGGGAAGCAAUACCUGGGAUUCCCGCAACGCCAUGGCCGAGAUCGCCGCAAAGAAUUGUAUCGCUGCCAUAUCAGACCAAACCCCCGAAGGAAUUGUCGCUGCCUAAAAAAAUGUUACCGCCAUUGUUAACACAGCCGUAUUAUUUAAGUAGCUGUAAUGGACCCUCUCUUUACCUUAUCUACUCUUACAAAAAUCUCAAUAUUUUUCAGCCUAUGAACCAUGAAAAAAAUUGUUGUUAAAAAAAAUACCUAGUUAUUUAUAAUGUGUGUUUUAUUUCACUUAUGUUUUUUAGUCAAUGAUCUGAAAGCAAUUUUUCUUUAGCUCUGGUGUAUGAUCUUUUCAUUUAUUUCAUGUUAAUAAAUGUGUGUCACUUCUCUGAUAUUGCUGGCAUUCAAAUACAUUUGAAAUCAAUUGUGCCAUUCAGUGUUUAUUGAGGUACAUGUUUUAUAACAACUUUACACCCUUUGUGGAAUAGGAGAUUUUAUUUCAUUAAUUAGUUAUAUAUUUAUAUCAAUAAGUUUAUCAGUUGUUCCUUUACCUGAGUGGUUUCCAAACUGUAUAUUACAGUGUCUCAUGAGAUCAUUAAUAAUAUAGAGAUAUAUGAUAUAUUGGCCUGUAUAAAGAUUUAACUUUUUGUGCCCCCCUUUGAUCAUGUGCACCCCUUUGAACCUGUGCACCCCCAGUUUGGAAACUCCUGCCUUCCAUCGAUCAAGAUCAAAUAAAACAUCCAAACAUUUCUUGUUCAAUUCUGGUUUGGGUCAACAUGACAUCUGGACUCAAAAAAAGAACAAAAACAAUUGUUUAUGAAAUAGUCUUUAAUGAUGUCGCCACUUAUUUUGAAAAUAUGUAAUAUUGAUAACACAAGUCUGUGUCUCUGUAUUUGCAUUCCAAUACCGUGUACUUUUAAUAUUAGGUCUUGGCGGAAGCAUAAGAAUUCAUUUUGUCAGCAAAAAAAAAAAAUUGUGAAAAAAAUCAAAUUAUAAAGUGUGAAAUUGUAGGAUUUGAAAAAAAAUUGUAAAACAAAGUAACAAAGAAAUAAAAGUGCUGAACAUGUAGUUGUCAUUUAUCUUUUUGAAGACAGAUUAUUUUUAUUUAUGAGAUUGAUGAAACUUGUUUACUUUCACCUGUUGAAGUUUGAUAAUAGUUUUUUCUUCAAAGUCUCUUUGAAGUUUUACGUCAAAUUCAAUUUAAAUGCUUCAAAUAAACUAAGCUCAUUUUGACUGAAAGGACAAUUUAUUUUCACGUAGGAGUUUGCUGCAAAAAUAUUGUACUAGUUUUAAAUUUGAAACCAUAGAUGGAUGGGAUGAAAGGAAGGUUACAGUUAUUGCUGAGGAGAAAAUGGUGUUCAGUUAUUAUAAUUUAUUGGGUGAACUCCAAUAUCAAUACACUUUUGAAGAUCACCUACAAAAUCAUGGGAAAACUUGACUUAUAUUUUAAGUUUACAUAAAAAAAAAUUCCGAUUUUAUAGACUUAUACUAGAUAAUUAUAUAAAUAAAUAUAUAUAUGUUUGAGAGCUUUAUUAUCACUAUGUUUGUAAAGUUCUUUUCUUUCAUAGUUAGAAAAAUUAGUUUUGCUUUAUUGGUUGAUGGUGAUUAAGAAACUUGGACGGUUCAUUGGACAACUUCCAAAGGAAUGAAGCAAAGUUAAAGACAAAACCAAAAAUUAUUUUUAAAUUGGCUACAUUUCCAAACCAUAAUCUCCUUAACAAUGUUAUUAUUAUGCAUAAACAAUUUUUUUAAAUUUAUCAUUUUUCACAGCAUCUAAAUCUAAACUAAUAUAUUUCAAAUUUGAUUGAACCAUUCAGGGGCAUUAAUGACUGUAAAUGUAUAUUAAAAAAAAGAACAGAAUGUUGUCUCCCUUAAUAACUAAAUUGAAAUUGAGGUAAAUUAACUUCAUGGCAAAAUAUUUUGAAUAAAUCAGAACAACAAAUGAUUGCUGUGAUACCUCUUCAUAUUGCUCUCAUAAAGGGUCAUCAUCACAAGGGUAACAUUUUUUAAACUUUAAAAAAUUAAAGUAUCUAAUUUAAUUUUUUUUAAAUCUUAAUUUCAUCUUUAUAGUUUAGUAUAGUUCUAUUAUGAAAUAAAAUAAGAUUUAUGAUUGUAUUAUAAUUUAUUAUAAAUAUUGAAAUAAAUAAACCCCUUGUUCAUCGACUCACUUUGAAAAUUUGUGUCACAAAAAUUAAAUAUAUUUAUAUUUUUGCUGCAAAAAAAAUUUGUUGUUCUUCUAGUUCUAGGGAAUUAGACUACCCACCUCCACUCCCCCACUUUUCACACAUACAAUUCCAAUAUCCUAUAUUGAUUUGAAUUUUCGUUGUUAAAUUAAUAUUUUUACCGGUACCUAGGGUCUAAAAUAUAUUUUUCUUUCAAUUUCAAGUAUACUUUUUAACGCUGUAAAAUAUUAUCUUUGUUGAUUAUCACAUUACGAUACCUGGAGAUUCUUUUUCUCAUUAUUUUAUUCAGCUUCGAACAAAAAAGUUUUUUUGUACUUUUUCAAAUGUUCGUUUAAUGUUCAGACUGUCAGGAAUGUUCGUUUCUGAAACCACAGUUUCAGCAAAUAAUGUGGAAUAAAAGAGCAAUAGCAAUGAUGACCUUUUCCCCUGUAUGUUUCAAUGUGUUCACACAGACUUCAUCUGAGGCAUCAAACACUCCCAGCUUGAGAACCUCAUUUUCAUCCCUUUUUGAAAAAUUGUUUAGAUGUGAUGUGUAAACAUUUGUCUUCAUUUCAAGGUGCACACACAAAAGUGGGCUCAAUACUAAAAGUGUUGCACACCUGAAAUUUAUUGUGGACAUAUCCACAUACGAUUAAUUAGAAGUAUGGUAACUAGAUAGCCUUCCAACCCCGUCAUGUGUCUGUGGUCUGAUUCUUAUUUAAUGUAUACUCUGGUGCACUAAAAAUUUGAAUUUGUGUGUUAUAUUUAGCCUGUUAGCCAGCUUUCAAAUAGAAGCUUUGAUAGAAGUCCAUUUCACUUGCAUUUUUGUGUACAGUUUCCUUAAUGGUUUGUCUCUUCAGAGGGGCACCUCUUUCAUAGUAGACCGCCUCUAACUACGGCACGCUGGUAACCCCUAAGUACAUCACCCAGGGAGCCUCUAGCUACAGCACCCUGGGAGCCCCUAACUAAAGCACCCUGAUUUUAUUAUUUCAUCUUACCAAUGUCUUAUCAACAUUUAUAUAUUUAUUAAACAUUAAUUUGCCCUUGUCAAAACUAUAAAUGAAUAAACCUUGCACACUUUUGUUUAAAUCUCUAACCAGCUUUUUUGUCUUCUGCUAGUUAUGUGUAGAAUGAUUGUUUUUUGUUUUUUUGGUCUUCUGUUCUGUGUGGAAAGCUUUUUUUUGGGUCUUCUGUUAGUUAUAUUUAUAUGUAGAAGUGGCAAGCUUUUUUCCUCUUUCUUUAACCCACCUCUAGUUGCUGUAUGUACGUUGACUACUAAGCUUCUAAUAAAUAAAUAAUUAUUGUUUAAAGUUGAAA